AUGGUCAUCAAUGGGAAGCGAGCAUUGGAACGCGAUGUCGAUGUACGUUCGCCGUUGCAUUCGUUACCGCCGCGACCUCCAGCUCGACCAGUUGUACGAUCGUCAUCCAGCAGACCACCUCCACCGCCAUACCGGCAUAAAAAUAGCCCGGCGAACAGCAGUAAGCCGUCACCACCAGCUUAUCAGGGACGAGUUACGAAUUCGGGAAAUGCGAAACGUAGCUUUACGCCGGAUGAGUCAUUGACGCCAGUACGGAUCACGCCGGAUGCUGAAGUUGUUGCAGAAGGCGAAAAACGAUCGACGAUUCGCGGUAAAGAGGAGCGAAAUGAGAAAGCGAUGAGUGUCUACGAGAAUGUGGACCAGAGUGAAACUUUCAAUGCAUCAUAUGGUCCUGAAAAUAGUAGUACUGUCUGGUUUGAAUAUGGAUGUGUUUAA